UCCCCCAUCCUUCGGGAGCCCAGUUUUGGAAGCUGGCAGUCCCAGGGGUCUUCCCAGGACACUGGGGAGGGCUGAGGCCAACCAUGCCAGGCCUGCUGCUGCUCGCUGCUGCGCUGCUCUCCAGCUGGGCUCAGCUCCCAGCCGAAGCCAGCUCCUGGUGGUCGCUAGCUAUGAACCCGGUGCAGAGACCUGAGAUGUUCAUCAUCGGUGCCCAGCCUGUGUGCAGCCAGCUUCCUGGGCUCUCCCCGGGCCAGAGAAAGCUGUGCCAGUUGUACCAAGAGCACAUGGCCUACAUAGGGGAGGGAGCCAAGAUGGGCAUCAAGGAGUGCCAGCACCAGUUCCGGCAGAGGCGGUGGAACUGCAGCACCGUGGACGACACCUCUGUCUUUGGGAGGGUCAUGCAGAUAGGGAGCCGGGAGACGGCCUUCACCUAUGCUGUGAGUGCCGCGGGGGUGGUGAACGCCAUCAGCAGGGCCUGCCGAGAGGGCGAGCUGUCCACAUGUGGCUGCAGCAGGACAGCGCGGCCCAAGGACCUUCCCCGGGACUGGCUGUGGGGCGGCUGUGGGGACAACGUGGAGUACGGCUACCGGUUUGCUAAGGAGUUUGUGGAUGCCCGGGAGCGGGAGAAGAACUUUGCCAAGGGAUCGGAGGAGCAGGGCCGGGUGCUUAUGAACCUGCAGAACAACGAGGCGGGUCGAAGGGUGAGCUGGACCUCGUCCCCCAUCCCCAACCCUCCCCACACACCGCAGACCAACUGGGCUGUCCCUGGGCUGAGCUCUGAGCUGUGA